AUGGAGAGCUAUGAUUCUUGGGACGAAGAAAAGACCAACUACAAUAGAACACCCUUGGCAUUAUUAUUGCUGCACAGUCGAAAAUUGGACCACGACAACCCACCCGAUGGUUUGACCGUGACAAUUGACAUGAUGACUGUCGCACUGGUCGCUUCGGCCGUCUUGUACAUGAUUUGUUUUCGCUUGGCGCGACACAAGCUGAAGGUGCUGCACGAACUGCAACCGCAAAUGACGACCAAAAAAUUGUUGAUUUUGAGUGUCUUGUUGGUUUCCGUUUUGAGGAUCAUGACCAUUUUGGGAGUGGCCGCCAUGAACAUGGCCAAUGUGCGGGCGCACUAUUCGUUGCAACCGACGGGCCGGGGCGACAAGACACAAGAUUUCUACGACGAAGCCAUGACGGUCCUCUUUGAUUUGCCCAAUUGCAUCGUCGUCAGCACUUACGUGUUGUUGACGUUGGUCUGGGCCGAGUGCUUUUUGGAAGCUCGAUUUCAUACCGAAAAUUCCGUUUAUUGGAAACAACGACUCCUCAUUCUAUUCAUGAUCUUCAAUACACUCCUCUACGCCACACAGUUGAUUCUAUAUGCCUGCAUAUUCUUCUCGGCAUCGCAUUCCUUGGUACGCGCCAUUCUCUAUGCGGCCAUUACGGGAAUUAGCUUUGUGGCCGUUUUGUUGGUCCUCUGCUUUUAUGUCUAUUUGAACAUUCGAUUCUCGGGAUUUCCCUACCGAUCCGAAGAACAAAAGGCAUCUCUGGCACGAGUUUCCUCCGUCAUGACACUCUGGUCCUUCACACGUGUCAUUUGGGGCGUCGCCACAUUGCUCGUGUAUGUGGACAAUGUCGAACUCUUGCAAGACACGGAUACACCACUCUGGUCCUUUGUCGUACUCUUUGUGGUAUUCUUUGUCUGCGAAAUUGUACCCAUUGUCAUUUUGUUGGAUUAUUCCUAUUACAUGCACAUUCUACGGGGAAGAUUCUUGCCGGAAACAGCAGCCGAAUCAUCACAGCAGCCACAACACGACGACAUUACUCCACAACAUCAUCCAACUAAUGGUACUCAUCAUCAUCAUCAUGGGGAGGCCGAUUCCUUGCUGCUCCAACGGCCCCUCCAAACCAUGGAUCAUUUGUUAUUGACGUCUCCACACAGCAUCACCAACAAUACAACAACGAACCAUUCACGGAGAGUCAGGUUUCUCGAUGCACCGCCAGAGGAAGAUCCUAUUCUAGAAACAACCUGA